AUGCGCCCCUCCCUCGUCCUCCGUGCAGCCCACCAACGCACCCCCCUCAUAAAAUUCCUUGGAAAGCGCACACCACCCAAAUCCGUAGACCACACUCCUCACGCCCACCCUGCUUCACCCUCGCACACCCUCCCCGAAAGCUUCGCCGCUUACCGCUCCAAAGCCCAGCAACAUGGUCCCCUACGAGGAGGUGGCGGCAACGGCGGUGUGCCUUCCUCCUCAUUCUCCUCUGUAGCUUCAUCAGGUCCGUCAAUGGCAUACGGCGCCAUUGGAGGCACGCCGGGAAAUGCAUUAGGACCGAUUAAACCUAAAGAAGGAGAAUUCUUCGACAGAGACGAGUUGCCCGCCCGAUUCCGCCGGAAGGCCUGGUCGGAAGAGGAGAUUGAGGCGGUGAGUAGUGGAGGGGCCAGCAUGUGUGGUUAA